AUGGAGCUCAACUUGGAGUCACUAACUCCACUUAAUUGUCUUUCAUAUGCUAAUGAAGCAACAUGUUCAGAAACUAGUUCUUGUUCUAGAGACUAUUCAUUUCAAUAUACAGUGACUGCCUGUUGUUUUGUGACAUCCCAAUCACCGCCUCCUCCUGUUGUGACCCACCACCAUCAAACACCCCGACACCACUGCUUCCUUCCACCUAUUGCCUCCACUCCAACUUCCACUUGCCAUCACCUUCACCAAGAAACACCGGUUGCCACCUCGUCUUUCUCUCUGUAUCGACAAGCAACACAAAUCCCCGCUAGCGUAAGUGUCGACCGACCACCAGGAGGCUUCUCCCUCCCCCCGCUCAUCUUUCCCGUCGAGAUUAGGCAGAAUAUAAUUGAUUGGGAUACUAAUAUGGAAUUAAACAGCUGUUGUAAUUGA